AGAAAAUCAUUUUCGGUUGCCAAAAGAAUGACUAGAUCCGCGGAGGAACUUGAUUUUUUCGGUAUGGAGAAAGAAGCUACUGCUACUAAACUUGUUGAAAGAAGAAGAAGCUUUCGAGAUAUCCAAACCAUGAUUUCGAAGAUCAAUCCUGAGGUUCUGAAGAAUGUUAUUGCUUCUCGCUCUGCAGAGAAGAAAAAUAUUUAUCCAAUAGCUCCGUCGUCUGAGGGCUCCUUUUCACUUUCAACGUCGUCGUUGCCUCUUCUUGCUAAUUGCAACAUAGAAAACGAUCCUGAAAAUUCUCCUUUAACUAUAUUCUAUAAUGGUAUUGUUGCUGUUUUUGACGUUACUAAAGACAAGGCGGAGAAUAUUCUUAGACUUGCACAAGGAGGCAAUCAACAGUUAUUAUUGAAGACUUCACAAGUAGAUGGAGGUGAACUUUACUAA